AAAUUUUCGCUUCACAAAAACAAAGUACCAAAACAGAAAAAGAGUGAAGACAGAGACUGAACGGCCCCUCUUCUCACACCCUGUCUCCGACCUUGCGAUAGCCGAGCGAUCACCACCAACCCCCCUCCCAGAAUGUUGCGUCGAGCAUCGAUGCUAUUGGCCCGUCGACCCAUUUUGGCAGCAAGGGCUCGACCCUUCUCCACUGAUCUGCCAGCGGCUCCCUCUGCGGAUGCCACAUUCACGGAGGCGUGGACUAAAGUGAUCCCCAAUAUGGACCCUCCUAAAACUCCUCUCUCUUUCAUGCAACCUCGUCCUCCCACUCCUUCAUCCAUUCCUUCCAAGCUUACUGUCAAUUUCGUCCUUCCUUAUGCUUCUGAGUUGGCCACCAAAGAGGUUGACAUGGUUAUAGUACCAGCCACAACUGGGCAGAUGGGUGUUCUUCCAGGACAUGUAGCAACAAUUGCAGAACUGAAACCUGGAGUUUUAUCAGUGCACGAAGGAAGUGAAGUGACAAAGUAUUUCGUCAGUAGCGGCUUUGUUUUUAUCCAUGCCAACUCUUUUGCAGAUAUAAUAGCUGUUGAGGCUGUGCCACUUGAUCGACUUGAUGUUAACCUUGUUCAGAAAGGGCUUGCAGAGUUCACCUCGAAGCUGAGCUCUGCCACAACCGACUUGGAGAAAGCUGAAGCCCAAAUUGGAAUUGAUGUGCACAGCGCACUCAACUCCGCCCUCACGGGCUAGCGUUGUUUGCCAUUCAUCCGAUUUUCUCUUCCUUAAACCUGCCCUACCGAUCCUUAAGAUUCAUAUGAUGGAUGCAGAUAUUGUUCUGAAUAUGUUCUUUCCUUCUAUUUCUAUGUUCAAACGUGUAACCGAUAUGAAUAAUCUUCAAGGGCUUUCACCUGGUUUGCAGUGGAGGAAACUUUUAAGAAGCAACAAAUUCAUGGAUGUUAUACAUAAUGCAAAUUCAUGUGGUUGUUCUUAUUGCAGUUCAAA